UAAAAAGUAUCACAUCGUACAGGAUCACCCGGUCACCAGCUUUGCUAUCCUCGGCUUCUCAAAAAUGGGAAGCGAAAACUCAAAAUCACCAUCUUGGUGGUUCUUCGACUUAGACGACACUCUCCAUGAGUUCCGCAAAGCAUCUUCCUCUACCGUCGACAUAACACUACAACUUAUCAUCCAACAACAAAGCACCCAGCAGCCUACACCACAAGAAGACUCCGUCACAUUCGCCGAUCUAAAGGCAGCAUACUCCAAAGUCCUCGAGGAAACCACAUCCUCCGCAUUCACAGACGGCAAAACAAGCCACGAGUACCGCGCUGAACGCUCCAAGCGCACACUGAAUGCUCUCAAUCUUUCUCCUACACCAGAGCAAACAACAGAGAUACUCGCCAUGUACGAAAAGACAUUGAUGCAGCAUCUAAUCCUAAAACCCGGUGCAAUACCCUUACUCAAGUCGCUCAAGCAGCAAGGGAAACAUGUAGCUAUCGUUACUGAAGGACCCCAAGACGCCCAGCAACGGACUGUUGCUGCGUUAAGGCUAGAACCGCAUUUUGAUCACUUGAUUACUACGAAUGCGUUUGGAAUGGCGAAGGUGGAUGGGUUGUUUGAGAGGGCAAUAGAGGUUUUGGGAGUUGAGGGGAGGGAGGUGGUUAUGAUGGGGGAUAGUUGGGAUCGAGAUGCGGUGCCUGCGGGGAAAGUGGGGAUAAGGUGUGUUUGGCAUGCCGAGGGGAGUGGGGAGAAGGAGAGGAUUGUUGAGUUUGGGGGGGAGGGGGAGGAGAGGGUGGUUGUUGUGGAUUCGUUGGAGAAGUUGCGGGGGAUGGUGGAGGGUGUGUAAUGUGGUG